AAAAUACUUCAAUUGAAAAACAUUUAACAAUUAUAAGUCGAUUACAAGAUAUGAAUGAGGACCACUUCGUUCUCCCUCGAGGUCUUAGCCCUUCUGUUUCUCACGCUGAUACCGUGGCCGGGACCGUCGGUUUUCAAGAUCACUUGCUCACGUGACAACUCCAAAAUUGUGCGAAAAGUUAUACAAAACAAAUGGAUGCCAGUACUAGAAAGAUUUCAGGUAAAGCUGCCGUUGGAGUGUCCGUUCCACCCGGCACGCGACAUCUUCGCGCCGCAGCACGCCGCCAAGCUGCAGCACCGCGCCUCGCAGUGGACCUGCGCCUUCUGCGGCAAGUCCUUCUACGAGGAGCGACACCUCGACACGCACUUCGACCAGCGACACAAGAACCAGAUUAACAAGGCAGAGGAUGCGGUGUGCCUGGCAGACUACUGCGACAUAAUGCGGUGCCAGGUGCUAGCGGCGCACGGGCUGCUGAGCGUCGCCGGCAAACCGGUCACGGACGUGGAAGUAUGGCGCGACCUGGAGGCGGCGCGGCGCGCGCUGGCGCCGGCGGGGGCUCGAGGGUUGGUGCGAGCGCCGCAGCGACGCCGCCAGCGCCCCCGUCCUGGAACCCCGCCGGCACCUGACUGCCCGAAAACUGACCCAAAGGCUGACGAGCCAGUAACAGAAGAGAAAAGAAGAGAGGAGAGCGAGGGUGACACAAAUCAAACAGCAGAGCUAUGCGACGCCGACACGGUGGAGUCGUCACUGCCUCCGGACAGCAGACAAAAGAGAUUAGCGGACUUGCAGGCGGAGCGCGCGGCUUGCGAUCCCUUGAGGUUACAGGCGAUCAAGGUGCGCUGUGAAAAAGUCGUUCAUUCCUGCAUAGCUACACUCCUGCUGCAUCUAACUCAACAUCAGUUUACAGAAUUGGAAGAGGAGAUGCAGCGCGCCGUGUGCUGGUACCUGAGCUGCGACCGCUACUGGGAGGAGGCGGCGCCGGCCGCGCGCGUCUUCCCCUGGCCGCUGCUGCUGGCGCUCGCCACCGGCCUCGCGCUCGCCCUCUGCAUGUGCUACUACAUUAUAUGGAUCGUCUUCGAUUCUGAGGAGGGCAGCGUGGCGGGCAGUGCGUCCGUGUCGCUGACGACGCACUCGUCGCCGACGCGCGGCGAGCGGCUGGCGGGCGAGGAGGCGCUGGACGAGGAGCAGGACGACCACUAUAUCUACGUCACCUACCCGCCCGAGUUGAAGCGCCGCCUGCUCGAGAGCUGCUACAAUAGAACAACUCGACUUUGAAAUCAAAAAUGUCGUCCCGUUGCGUCGUGCAUGACUUGAAAUUAUUUGAUUUGAAUACGUAGUUCAAUAGCAGCAACCGAGACAAUCUGGUCUAGCUAAAGUGUUUGACUAUAUUUGGGACUGUUCCUUAUAUCGAUAGUAAUGUAGAACGUAUGCAAUUUGUAUCGUAUGCGUUGAUGUCAUGCAGUUA